UGGUACUAAAGGAACAGUUAAAAAAUUAUUUUUUUUUUACGCACAAAAAACAAACGCGGAACGCGGGUUAAUUUUAAGCAUAUUUUGAGCCUCGAGUUUAAAAUAGAAUUUGUGUUUUUUUUACCAUCGGUCCUGCUAUCGGUAUUUUUCGCUUUAUUUUCUAUGGAAAAAUACGCGGGGGAUUUUUUGGAAGGAAAAUGAAUAAACGAAAAUAGUAUAUAGACAAGUGAAAAUGAGGAUUUGUUUUGUAUGCUGAGAAUUCGAGUUUGGAAAUUUGAUAGAAUUCUGUAGUCUAGAAUUCAAGAAAAAAGAAUGCCGUCCGCAAUAUCAACACCGCUAACCUACGAAAUUCUCAUGUAUCUAAAUUCAUUUUACUUUGGUAUGUUCGCCACCUGUGAACUUUGCAUGGGAAUUUAUAAAGCUGCAAAUCUCCCAUCGCCGGGCACUAAUAAAUUAUUAAUUGAAUUUGCCCUGCUAUUAUUUCUCCUCAGUACUGAAGCGGGACGCAUUUAUCUUGGCCGUAAGGGGAAUUUAAUGGAACGCGGCUUAUUAUUUCUCCUCGCAAUUGCACUCACAGUUCCAAGUUCAUUUGUUACACUCUAUUUUUUACUCUGGCAACAUUAUACACUGCGUUUGGAAGUUAUUUUAUGCAGCAUUCAAAUUGCUCUACUCACCUCUGAAUUAAUCAUCGCCGUAUUGUGCCUUGUCUCCAUUUAUCGACCAUCCACCGAGGAGUGAGAAUUUCUUUCUGCAUUUUGGCAAAAAAAAAGAAAAAAAAUUCAAUUCUCCAAAAGGAAAAAGAAAAAAAAUUCAAUUCUCCAAAAAGAAAAAGAAUUCAAUUCUCCAAAAGGAAAAAGAAAAAAAAUUCAAUUCUCCAAAA